ACUAAUGAAGGUUCCAGCUAUUUCCGCUCGCUGUUGGACUCACUAAUUAGCCUACUGGUGCUGCUCACCACCGCAAACAACCCUGAUGUGACGAUGCCCGCCUACAGUCGCAACCGAUUUGCUGCCAUAUUUUUUAUUCUCUAUUUAUUUGUUGGUGUCUACUGCUUCAUGAACAUGCUGCUGGCUGUCAUCUACAACCAGUUCCGGGGAUAUUUUCUUAAUUCAAUGCAGGGCAGCUUGUUGAGAAGGAGACUUGGAGUACGGGCAGCCUUUGAAGUGCUGCUCAGGAAAAAGUCCAGCAUUCAGGGAGCUUGUUCCACUGCAGAUUCAGGAGUGGGAGGCGGAGUCAUCAAAGCUGUUGUUGACAAGUGCCUGCUGCCAAAACAUGUGAAAACUGCUCUGUUUGAGGACUUGAGUGGCAGGGAGAGUGCCAUGUUUUCUGCUGCCGAGUUUCAUGAGCUGUUUAGUUGUUUGGACAAGAACACAGUCAAGAGACAGACGCCCGGUGUUCGAUGGAUGAAAGACCCCAGACUGAAGAUGAUACAACGAGUAUUUAUCCACAGAUACUUCAACUUUUUUGGCAUGGGCGUGGCUUUCGUUAAUCUCAUUGUCAUCUCGGUGCAACUUGGUGCCAAAUAUGACGCCUCGUUCCGUGAAAGUCACUCCACAUUAAGGGUUGUCAACUUCACCUUCGCCAUCUACUAUUUACUGGAACAACUUGUUAAAUUCUGGGCAUUUGGAUGGCGGAAAUAUCUGGCAGACAAAGGCAACAUUUAUGAUGCUGUCAUUACUUCAGCUCUAAUUAUUGGUGAGGUGGUGUCUGCAAUACUAUAUGGCAUACCGUAUUUCCCCAAGGAGAUGAUCAUGCACAGUAGCAGUAGCGUAAUGUGGAACAUGCUGCGAUUGGUGAAUAUUUUGAUUAUGGCUCGGAUGCUGAAGGUCAUUCCAUAUGUCAAGUCCAUGUCUGUUGUUGCCAUGGUUCUUUUGGACUUGAUGAAAAAUAUGAAAUCUUUUGCAGGCAUCCUUGUUGUUAUAAUUUAUGCAUUUGCCAUUUUCGGGAUGCAACUUUUCCAGGGCACCAUCACAUACGAGGCCGAAUUUGUCAACAGAUCAUUUGUCUGUGGAUCUUAUGAGCAGCUGGAAUACUGGGCUAACAACUUUAAUGACUUCUACGCUUCCAUCAUUGUGCUUUGGAAUGUUAUGAUAGUGAACAACUGGCAAGUGUUCCUGGAAGUGUUCAAAAACAAGACAUCUCCAUGGUCAUACCUGUACUUCAUCGCCUGGUGGCUGCUGUCUGUAAUCUUAGUCCUGAAUCUGUUCACAGCUUUGAUCAUGGAGAACUUCAUCAUGAAAUGGGAUCAGCGACAUCAGCUGAGUGAAGCAGCGACAAACUCCUCCUCCACAUACGAAGGACUGACUGUCACAAUACAACUGAACACUGUACACAGCAUGUUCAGGGACCUGCUGCAAGAGCCACCAGACACUGAGCUUUUGUCACUGCUCAACAAGCAUCGUUAUCUCAGGUUGGAUGGAUGA